GCGGCGGCAGAGAGGCGGCCGGGCGGCGGCUCCAUGGUGACGGCGCAGGUUCCUGGCACUGGAUCGUUCCUUGGUCAGCUCGGCCCGGCCACAGAGCUGCUGCCAUGUCCAAGCUCAAGAGCUCUGAGUCCGUGAGGGUGGUGGUGCGAUGCCGCCCCAUGAACAGCAAGGAGAAGACGGCCUCGUACGAGAAAGUCGUUAACGUGGAUGUCAAAUUAGGGCAGGUUUCAGUGAAGAAUCCAAGGGGAACAGCUCAUGAACUGCCUAAAAUGUUCACCUUUGACGCUGUGUAUGACUGGAAUUCCAAACAGGUUGAACUCUAUGAUGAGACCUUCAGACCUCUUGUGGACUCUGUUUUGCAAGGAUUUAAUGGGACAAUCUUUGCGUAUGGACAAACCGGRACAGGGAAAACAUACACCAUGGAAGGAGUGCGUGGUGAUCCUGAAAAAAGAGGGGUCAUCCCCAACUCAUUUGACCACAUCUUCACCCACAUCUCUAGAUCUCAAAAYCAACAGUACUUAGUUAGAGCCUCUUACUUGGAAAUAUACCAAGAAGAAAUCAGAGACUUGUUAUCAAAGGAUCAAUCCAAGAGGCUGGAGUUGAAGGAGAGACCCGACACGGGGGUGUACGUUAAGGACCUGUCCUCCUUCGUUACGAAGAGCGUCAAAGAGAUCGAGCACGUCAUGAACGUGGGCAACCAGAAUCGCUCCGUCGGUGCCACGAACAUGAACGAGCACAGCUCCCGCUCUCACGCCAUUUUUGUGAUCACCAUCGAGUGCAGCGAGUUAGGGCUGGAUGGGGAGAACCACAUCCGCGUGGGGAAACUCAACCUGGUAGACCUUGCAGGAAGCGAGCGCCAAGCUAAGACCGGAGCGCAGGGGGAAAGGUUAAAGGAAGCCACUAAAAUCAACCUCUCCCUGUCGGCCUUGGGCAACGUUAUCUCCGCCCUCGUGGACGGCAAAAGCACCCACAUUCCGUACCGGGACUCCAAGCUAACCCGGCUCCUUCAGGACUCCUUGGGUGGCAAUGCCAAGACCGUGAUGGUGGCCAAUAUAGGCCCUGCCUCUUACAACGUAGAGGAAACUCUUACGACGCUGAGGUAUGCCAAUCGUGCCAAAAACAUCAAAAACAAGCCCAGAGUCAACGAGGAUCCGAAGGAUGCUCUGCUGCGAGAGUUCCAGGAAGAAAUCGCUCGGCUAAAGGCCCAACUGGAGAAACGGUCAAUUGGCAAAAGAAAGAGGAGGGAAAGGAGGAGAGAUGGGGGGGAAGAGGAGGAGGAUACUGAAGAGGGGGAGGAUGAAGGGGACGACAAAGAUGACUAUUGGAGGGAACAGCAAGAGAAAUUAGAGAUCGAAAAGAAAGCUAUUGUUGAGGAUCACAGCUUGGUGGCGGAAGAAAAGAUGAGACUGCUGAAAGAGAAGGAGAAGAAAAUGGAGGACCUGAGGCGGGAGAAGGAGGCAACGGAGAUGCUGAGUGCCAAGAUCAAGGCAAUGGAAAGCAAGCUUCUGGUGGGAGGGAAGAAUAUUGUGGAUCACACCAAUGAACAGCAGAAAAUCCUGGAACAGAAACGUCAGGAAAUUGCAGAACAGAAACGUCGGGAGCGAGAAAUUCAACAACAGAUGGAAAGUCGGGAUGAGGAAACACUGGAACUGAAGGAGACCUAUAGUUCUUUACAGCAAGAGGUGGAUAUAAAGACCAAAAAGCUCAAAAAGCUAUUUUCCAAGCUGCAGGCUGUGAAGGCAGAGAUCCAUGAUCUCCAAGAAGARCACAUCAAGGAGCGUCAGGAAUUGGAACAAACCCAGAAUGAGCUUACCAGGGAACUGAAGCUAAAACACCUGAUUAUUGAAAAUUUUAUUCCCCUGGAAGAAAAGAAUAAGAUCAUGAACAGAUCAUUCUUUGAUGAAGAGGAGGACCAAUGGAAGCUGCAUCCCAUAACCCGUCUGGAUAACCAGCAGAUGAUGAAGAGACCAGUCUCGGCUGUGGGAUACAAGAGGCCGUUGAGCCAGCACGCCAGGACAUCCAUGAUGAUCCGUCCAGAAGCCCGGUACAGGGCAGAGAAUAUUGUAUUACUGGAGCUUGACAUGCCCAGCCGAACAACGAGGGACUACGAGGGUCCGGCCAUCGCCCCCAAAGUUCAGGCUGCACUAGAAGCUGCUCUGCAGGAUGAAGAUGAGAUACAGGUGGACGCUUCAACCUUUGAGAGCACUUCAAAUAAAAAAACAAAGUCCAGGCCUAAAACUGGAAGGAAAUCAGGGGGAUCCUCUUCAGCAGGCACCCAUAGUUCUCAGCUUUAUCCACAGUCACGAGGGCUGGUUCCAAAGUAAACCCAGCAAUUCCUCUCCAGGGCGCGAGCAGCCUUUCCUCCUGAGAGCAGAGACGAGUAGAAAGCUGCAGAGAGACCUCCCGGGCGGCCGCCAGCCCCUCCGCUGGAGAUGGCCUCUCUGCUGUUUAACUGACUUGUGCCAGCCCAGGUGCACUGAGCCACAGGAAGAUCCGUGUUUGCGUUCAGCAGUUGGCCUCUGUUAGUUAGGGAAUCAGAAAUGCAUGAGGUACGUUACCGUGUGUUAGAAGCAAUGGGAAGCAUGGGGACCACCUCGCAGCGUCACCAUCUCUCCUUCUGCACUAGCCCUUUCUGCUGCACUGGGCUUUUUCUUUUUUUUUUUUUUGCUUUUGGGCAAUAAGAAGAUAGAGUUGAAGGUCAUCUCAGCAGAACCACCGCUACAGAACGUCAUAGUGAGAACCAAAUGCAGUUAAAAAGCAGAGGGUAGAUCCAAACUAGGUGCUUAGUUGUUUUUCUUGUUUGUUUUAUUUUGUUUUUUGCCUCUUCCUGCUUAAAAGACUGGCCUCAUCAUUUGGGAUUAAUAAAGCGGUCUGAACAGCCAGGAUGGCAGCUGUCGCGGUGCACUCACAGCUAGAUAGCUCUGCCUCCCUGUAGAAAUGUAGAACCAAGAGGGGUCUUGGAAGCAUCGUUACGCCCUCCGGAAAGGAAGCAAUAGAAACUGAAAUCCUUUACUUGUUUACAGGCCUAAGCUAAGAGCUGCUCUAAACUGACCUCCCACAGACCUUAGCCCUGUCAGUAGGAAGCACCUCGACAACGAAGGCACCUGCACCCCAGUGCCAGCUGCUCUUCCUCUCUCUUGCCUCCGUCUCUGCCCCUGGCAAUUUAGACCGGUCUCCAUCCUGACUCUUUGAACUUGGGGUGGUGGGCGGCCCUUUUCCCACAUCUCCCAACGUCCGUAUGAAACGGAGUCUUGGAGCUUUCUUCCUGGCAGGCUCUUAGGGCUGACUCUACUCCCCCGUUUAGGCUGGGUAAAGAGCAGAGUUCCUUAACGUGAAGCUCUGUCUAAGUGCACUGUUCUUGUAUGUGUGGACACUGCCCUUGGUGUCUCGGGAGGCCCAGUCUUUGGCCCUUCCGUGUCUCACCUGUUCCACGUUAGAACUUCUCCCUUUCCACCUCCGAGCCCACUCGGGGCUGGUGGGAAUGAAGCCCCCAUGGAGGCGAGUCUCAGUGAUGGAGCCUGGCAUUAAUUCCAGGGGUUGCACUUUGACACGAGGCAGGAAGACUCCAGCUUUCCUGGUCUCCCUGAAGCUGCGCGGUGCCUGGAGCAGGAGGCCCGUGCGGCCGGCAGGCAAGGGGAGCUGCAGGGGAGCUCCUGCCUCGUGCCCCACUGCGAGUUUUAGUUCCAUGUGUGUUGAGACUUGGGAUGUUCCUUCUUUGGUUGCUGUUGCCUGUCAUCCCAUGAAUGUUUUCCCCUGUUUCCUCUCCCUCACUGAUGACUUUCUCCAGCCUGACAUGUGUGAGUGUGUGAGGAYGUGCCCGGUUGUAGAAAUGCCCUGAUGUUUGGACUCUGCCUUGUGUGCUCGUUAAGUAUCCACUGAGUGACUUCGUCCAGGCUGGAGAGCUCCAUGUAUCUGACCCCGGGAGCAGAAGGACCCGCCGCUGAGCAGAGCUCACCUCCGCAUCCUGCGGGCACGAUGCCUCGGUGAGCCGGCUGCCCAGCUGGGCCCAGCUUCAGUUCUGACUCAGCUGCUUUGAUUCAUGGAGUGCUUUUCUGGAUCGCAAGAUUAAUAUAUAUAUAUUUUAGUUUUGGUGGAGGAAAGAGGGGUUUGCCUAUAGUUGAAAGAGUAGCAGUUUGUCAGAUUUCUUUCAACCUGAAGAUGGAAACCUGGCCUAAUCUUUCUUUCUAUAAACCACUAUUUAUGUACAAAGAGCCUUUUAAUUGGCUCUUGUUGCAUAACGUAGUGUCGCCUUCUUUCCCCCUUCCCACUUUCUCCCUCUCUCGCAUAGUCUUCUGUACGUCAGCAUUUUAAAAAGGUAAUUGUACGGUUUAACUGAAAUGAAACAAGGCGGUUCUACAACCUAAAAUAGCAACAUAGUACAUAUACACMUAUAUGUACCUAGCUGUGUACACAUAUGUUUCUAUAUGAAUAUGCAUGCACAGACACGAUUGUGUUUGCACAUGUGCGCACUUCUUCGGUCACUGCUGUUCCACAGGGAACUCUGUAUUAGGCACAAAAGCUGAAAACUCCCCUUGUGGCAGGAUUGGUACAGUGGAAAUCACAGUGCAAACCCAAACUGUUCUCGUUUUAGUGUUAAUAAACUAGCUGGUUAAUAUGUCAGAAAGGCUCUGCUUUUAAUUUUGUAGAAGUUCAUUAGCAAGGUGAAAGAAAUUCAAUAGGAUGGAAAAAAAAAGAAUAAAAUUGGAUAUUUAGUCAGUGUAUUUAUAUCAGAGCUGUGGAUAGAGAUGUGGUUAGUGUAUUCACGGGCAAUCUCAGACUGUUACAGAAGCUUUUAGACUCUCAUUUUGGUUGACUUCCCCAUGAAUAGAUGCGCAGAGGCACUGAUAUCGAGAUCAAAUCUAUUGUUACAGCCCUACAAACUGUACUGAGCUCUCGCGUGAAGUGUUUUACAAAUGAUCCUGCCGAGUUUGCGUCUCCCUGGGUGUUAUCUGACCCAGCUGGGCUUCCUGCAGGGUAACAGCGGAAGGCAGGAAAUGCAGCAGGCUCCUGAAGAGGCCCUUGGACAGUGCGCACGAUUGUAGGCUCUGCACAGGAAGGUUUAAAAUCCUUCUCAUCCUUGGUCUGUAUAAUGGGAUCUAACUGCUUUCAAGUUACACGCAGUCCAAGCAGGUCUGUGGUUCUGGGAGCAAGCACCACGUGAAAAGCAUAGGAACUAAAGCACUUUCUGAAAAUCCUUAACGUAGGUUUGAUUGCC